UCCAGGGUUAUUAUUGCAAACUAGUCUCUCAUUUAGCAUGAUGCAUAAAUCAGCAUUGAGAUAAGUAAUGCAAAAAUAUUGAAAGGUGCAAAGAGUCUAGGAAAUUUUCAGUUCUUUUCUGGGAGAAAAGAUAGAUUGGCCCUAGCAUUUUCCAAAUUAUUGUACCACUUAUAGUAGUAAAAAAUUUUACUGACAUAAUUUGUUUCUCAUUUCUGAAGCCAGCCAGGAGUUUGAACUUCGAAAAAAAGAAAGUUCCGUUGCCGGGACUUGAACCCGGGUCUUUCGGGUGAGAGCCGAAUAUCCUAACCAACUAGACUACAACGGAUUAUUGAUCCUGAUAAAAAAUGACAACUAUCUUUAAGUUCAUUGCAUAAGCCUAGGAACAAAUCUUUCUUUAACUCCACCGCUCCAGCGCCAGCGUCUGCUCUUCAACCACCACUCUCUUUCCCCUCCUCCCGAGCACCACUUAUCCAUCCCCUCGAUUUCUACAAGGUGUUAGGAGCCGAGACUCAUUUUCUAGGUGAUGGAAUACGAAGCGAGUGUUUCGAAAUCGCCUCAAUGCGGGUUCGGUCAAAACUCCUUAAUUAGGCGAAGACAGAUUCUCCAAGCGGCCUGUAAAACCCUUGCUAACCCUGGCUCUAGAGGAGAUUACAACCAAGGCCUUGUUGAUGAUGAGCCCGAAACUAUCAUCUCUCAAGUCCCCUGGGACAAUUUUCCAAACCCUAAAAGAAAAGAAAAAAGGGUAGGGAAAAUGACGACAAGAGGGAGUAGAUCAGGGAAGGUGAAGAGAAUUUUCCAGCAAUUUGACAUGAACCGAGAUGGGGGUCUUAACAGAGAUGAAAUGGCAGCGUUGGUCGUUGCCGUUAACCCCAGAGUCAAUUUUAGUGACGAACAAAUCAACGCCAUUCUCGAUGAAGUGUUCCGAACCUAUGAGGAGUUCAUCGACGGUGAAAAGGGGUUAACUUUUGACGGUUUGUUGAGAACUUACGACGAUGGAGCCGGUGACGUGGACCGUGACUUCGACGCGCUGGGUCUCGAGCUCAAUUUCGACGAAAAUAAAGGCGCGUCAAUUGUUUCCGGAGCAUCUUCGUCGUCGUUUGUGGAUGAGAGAGUAAUGGAGACACAGAAGAAGCAACGGACGGCAACUUGGGCCUUGUCACCGCAUCAAGGAAUAGUUUUCGAUGACACGUGGAAGCUUAUCGACGAUUUGGAGAAUUUAGUGAAGAGAUUGAAAGCAAAGCAAGCAAAAGAUAGGAAAUUUAAAAAUGAUAAUUUUGAUGCGUAUUCGGAUGCCGGGUGGUCAAGGGAAUUAGGACCAUCUGCUGAGCUUUCAGAGAAGAGGGUAUCUUGGGAAGAAUUUGGGCCUGACUACGCUGUUUUUGUUAAAGAAUUGGGAGCGUUAAGGAGUAGAGCUGAUGGGGCAAGGUCAAGAGAAGAAGCAUUUGAUGGACACAUGGCAAUUGGAAGGGCUUUAUAUGAGCAUCAGUUGUUUAAAGAAGCUUUGGUUAGUUUCAAGAGGUCUUGCGAAUUGCAGCCAAUGGAUGUGAGGCCACAUUUUAGAGCUGGGAGUUGUUUGUAUGUGUUAGGGAAGUAUAAAGAAGCUAAAGAAGAGUUUUUGCUGGCUUUGGAAUCAGCUGAGGCAGGUGGGAAUCAAAGCGGUUACUUGCUUCCUCAGAUUUAUGUCAAUCUUGGAAUUGCACUUGAAGGAGAAGGUAUGGUUUUAAGUGCUUGUGAGUAUUAUAGAGAAGCUGCUAUUCUUUGUCCUACUCAUUUUAGAGCUUUAAAACUUUUGGGUAGUGCUCUUUUCGGGGUAGGGGAAUAUAGAGCAGCUGUUAAGGCUUUAGAAGAGGCUAUUUUUAUGAUACCAGAUUAUGCUGAUGCAUGUUGUGAUUUAGCAUCAGCUUUGCAUGCUAUGGGUGAGGAUGAGAGGGCAAUUGAGGUUUUCCAGAAAGCUAUUGAUUUGAAUCCGGGUCAUGUUGAUGCUUUAUACAAUCUAGGUGGGCUUUACAUGGACCUGGGUAGGUUUCAGAGAGCUUCUGAGAUGUACGCUAGGGUUUUAGCUGUGUGGCCAAAUCAUUGGCGGGCACAGCUCAAUAAGGCUGUGUCUUUGUUGGGAGCUGCGGAAACUGAAGAAGCUAAGAAAGCUUUGAAGGAGGCUUGGAAAAUGACAAACAGGGUCGAAUUACAUGAUGCCAUUUACCAUCUGAAGCAGCUACAGAAGAAGAAGGUGAAGAUUAACGGUGGUGCCAAUCGGGAAGGGGCUUUUGUAAUAUUGGAGCCAUCAAAAUUCAAGAGGGUGGAUGAGAAGACUACAUUGAGGCAGGAUUUAGGAAAUGCUCUUCAAAUUAGGGCUUUCCAGAGAAUUACUAGAUUGAGCCGUUGUGAAGUGGAUCUUUUGAAGAAGGAAAUGAGCGAAACUGAUCUACCAGUCUCCUACUCUGGUGGUGGUGGUCCUCGGAAAUCUAUGCGCAAGCCUAAUUUGGAAGAAAUGCUGCGCAGAUUACUUAAUUUUCUAAAACCUGAAACCUUCCAAGGAGCUGUCAAAGCUAUAAAUGAGAAAAUCCUCUUUAUCUUGGAUGAAACAGGAUCGGGUAGGGUGGACUUGGGCAUCUUUUAUGCUGUUCUUGCUCCCAUUUGUAAUGGACCUCCAGAUAAGCGAAAAAGGAUUGCCUUUGAUGCACUCUUAUGGCGGCCAGUAAAUGAGGGUGGUUCUCAGAUUAGAAAGGUAGAUGCUGUUCGGUACAUCAAAUUGUUGAGGGCUAUUUAUGUUCCUUCUCAUGGAGUUAGUGAAAUGCUGGAAGUUCAUGGAGAAACAGAUUCCUCGAUGGUAUCUUUCAAUGAAUUUCUUGCCAUGUUCGAUGAUCCUGAUUGUGGCUUUGGUAUCAUGUCCACUCUGUUGAAGUUAGAAACUGGAGAUAGGAAUCGUCAUGGACGCCAUGUUUGCUCAGCUUGCCAUUACCCAAUCAUUGGUUCCCGCUUUAAGGAAAUGAAGUCUCAUUUUAGUCUAUGUAAUCAAUGCUACAGUGAGGGAAAGGUUCCCCCUAACUUCAAACAGGAUGAAUAUAAAUUCAAAGAGUACGAACGUGAGGCUGAAGCCAUGAAAGAUCAGUACAUGUGCUUUACUUUGCAAUCCCACAAAGCUCCGUAGCUAGUUGGUUUGAAGUCUUUUUGCUAGUCUUUAACCUUUCCAAUUUGUUAUUUUAGUCAUCCAUUGACCAUUGUGCAACAUAUAGUUCAUGAAUGUGUUCAGUGGGCUUCAUGCCCUUGUACAAUAAACCGAUUCUCAUACCAGUUUUUGCAGGGAUUUAUCUUUAGUCUUCUGUUUUUGGGAUUAAAAAAAAA